AUGUUCCAGGCGGCGAGCGUAAAGCGUAACCGCAGUGGGGCUGGGCAAUACCAGCAUGGCGUCGGCGACGCUGAUGCAGUUCCGCAAGUUCCGCAGGUCCCGCAAGUUCCACAGGUCCCUCAAGUUCCCGAGGUCCCGCAGAUUCCCGAAGCGGGCGAGGACGGGGCCAGUGCGUCGAGCGAACCUGCUGCGCCGACCGAAGAAGAGCGAGCAGCCAAGGACCUCAAGCGGCGUGAAACGCGUGCGAAUGUCGUCGCCGAGAUUGCCAAGACAGAGGGGGAUUACGUGGGCGAUCUCAAGCUAGGUUAUUUGAAGCCCAUGGUUCAGCGCGACAUGCCUGCCGAUCUCAUUCAGCGUCUGUUCGCCAACAUCGAGGACAUGCUGGCGUUCCAAACCAGCUUCCUGGCGUCCAUUCAAGACUGCGUCCAACCCAGCCCGAGCUACGAGAGCAUGCUGGGUGCUUGCUUCUCAAAACAUAAAGAGGGAUUUAAAAUGUACUCGGACUACUGCAACAACCAUCCGGAGGCCGUGCAGGAGAUGAUUCAUUUGCGCAAAGACGCGCAGCUCAAGGCCUUCUUUAUGGUUGGUGUUUCAAAUGCAUUAGGAUUCACCUCCAUCGACUCUUUGCUCACCGCACUGAACACGCUUUGUCUCCUUUUGCAUUGCACAGGGCUGCCAACUCAUUGCAGGUGCCCACAUUUCGCUGGAAGGGUUCUUGCUGACUCCGAUUCAACGCAUUUGCAAGUAUCCCUUGCUCUUGAAGACGACCAUCCCGAUCACGGCAAUGUUCUUGCGGCGCUGGACGCCAUGAAAGAAGUCGCGGUCGAAAUCAACGAAGCCAAACGUCUCUUGGAGGAGUAUGAAAAGAUGGUCGAGUGGCAGACGACAGUUGAUGGCUGGGAGGGGCCUGACAUUACGGAAACCUGCACAGAGCUCAUCCGCGAAGGUGCACUGGUGAAAAUCUCCCAUGGACGUGCGCAAGAGCGCUCCUUCUUUUUGUAUGAUUCGCUACUUGUCUACGGCAAAAAGGACAACAAGCGCCUUCAGUUCAAGAGCCGGUUGCCAACAAACUUGUUUGCGAUUGAGGAUAUUGCAGACGGUGCAAUCAAUCUCAUCGUGCAUGUUGUCGAUGUAGUCUCUCAGAGCGGCACACCAGUGACCAAUGCAUGGCGUGUUCACCGCAAAGACAAAAAGAGCAAGACGUACGUUCUGAUCGCCAAGAACAUUGCCGAGAAGCAAAAGUGGCUCGAUGCAUUCCGGCUCGAGCAAGAAAAGACCGCCGCCCGCACCGCGCGUGUUGCCGAAAUGGCCGAGAAGCGGAUGGAGAAGAAGCGCCCGACACUUCGAAAGAAGGGUAUGCUGCAACCCGCGCCAACGUUGGCUGCAGUCGCUUCGACCUCGCCCAUGAAUUCGCCCGGACCCGCUUCACCUCUACCUGCUGGUGUGAAUAGCCCCACCUCGUCUUCGCCCCCGUCGGCAGGGUUUGGUGUGAGCAACAUGGCGAAAAAGUCCUCCCGCGGCAACUGGUUUUCCAUCAAGGGCAAGAGCAGUAACACCAAUCUGGCAUCGACAGAGCAGGACUCGGGCACUCCUGUCGACGAGCCAGGCAGUCCUUUGGAAGACUCUCCUGGCCAGACAAGGAAGGGUUCCAAGGGCUCCAAGUUCCGAACUGACAAAGAGUAAACCGAGUUGACCUUGGUGUUUUUUUCUUUUUUGUUUUUCUCUCGCUUGCUUUUGUGGCUGGUGUGAAGGAUGAUGGUGUUGUCAUGUGAAGUGUUUGCACUUUAUCUAUGUGUUGUUUUCGAGUUGUGAAUUUAAGAACAAGCCUCAAAG